AUGUUCUAUAUCCAGUACCUGUCAGGGCUCUGUGCGAGGAGGAACUGGCCAGAUCCUCUUUUUCAGACCUACCGCACACGCUACGGCUAUGGCUCCACCGUUAGGGUCAACAACCGAGAAUACUCGACCGACGUCGACUAUGAAAGCGAGGCGUUGGCAAAGAAUGCGGCCGCAACUCGGGCCUACAUGAUUUGCCGUAAUUUCUCAGUCAACGACGGCAUGUUCCCAGCCCAGCGUCCCGGACAGGGCGCCCAAGGCCUGCCUACACCAAUUGGCAGUGGUCGCCGCAAUACUGGCUCGUCCAACGACUACGACAGUGCUAGUACCUCAAGCGGAGAUACCAGCCCGAGGAACUCGGAUUAUGGGCUCGAUGCCACCGCCGCGGUGGGGCGUCGACCGAGCAAGGCUUCUGUAUCGUCUUCGACCUGCUCCUGUGGUCGUGGACUAGUCCUCGCAUAUGAAAGCACUAUUUCUGGAAUCUCGCAUAAACCCCCUCCUCUUGAACGGCAACGAAGGUUUCGGCAAUUGAACAAAAAGGACCUAAACGCCGCUAACGGCCUCUCCCCCAUGUGCAUCUUCACCCCGAAACAAUGA